GCGGGCCCGUGAACUCUGCGAUGUGUGCGUGGGAGGCACACGCGGCAUGAAGGGGUUUGGAGUGCUCGGGCUGCUGCUGCCGGUCCUGCUGGGCUGGGCCAGCAGCCACCCCGUCCGCGGGAGGAAGAGCUUCAACAAGCUGCUGCUGAUCUCCUUUGAUGGCUUCCGUUGGAACUACGAUCAGGAUGUGGACACCCCCAACAUGGACCGCCUGGCCCAGGAGGGCGUGAAGGCCAAGUACCUCACCCCACCCUUCGUGACAAUGACCUCCCCGUCCCACUUCACCACCAUCUCAGGGCGCUGGAUUGAAGAUCACGGAGUCAUUCACAACAUGAUGUUUAACACUGAGACGGGCUGGAAGUACUCCUUCAAGACCACCCAGAACAAGACGGAGUGGUGGGACAACGGUGUCCUCCCGCUCUGGAUCACAGCCCAGAGACAGGGGAGGAAGACGGCGUCAUUCCACUAUCCCGGGGGCGGUGCUAAGUACAAAGGCGAAGCCGUGCAGAGGUCCCUGGUGGAGUCUUACAGUCACCCAGACAGCAACGAGACAGAGUGGAGGGAGAACAUUGAUAUCGUCAUGGACUGGUUCACUAAGGAAGAUUUUGACUUUGUGACUCUGUACUAUGGAGAGCCAGACAACGUGGGACACAAAUACGGGCCCGAGACGGAAAACAGAAAGGUGAUUAUUCAGCAAAUCGACAGAACCAUUGGGUACCUGGUGGAAGCCAUCGAGAGGCACAGCUUGACUGAGCGUCUGAAUGUCAUCGUCACAUCAGACCACGGCAUGACCACCGUGAAAAAGAAGCCCAAUGUCACCGAGAUCCUCUUGACCAACUAUGUCAAGUUCAGAGACUUGGUCAAGUUUCAUAUUGUGGACUAUGGAGGCUUUGGGAUGCUCUUGCCCAAACCAGGCCAAACAGAAGCCCUUUACCAAGCGCUGAAGAACGCACACCCACACCUCUACGUCUACAAGAAGGAGGACUUUCCAGAACGCUUUCAUUUUGCUAAGCACGAGCGGGUCCUGCCAAUCCUGUUGUACGCUGACUCUGGUUAUAACAUCAAUGCGCAACUUAUAAUAUAUUUCAACAAAGGGGAUCAUGGCUUCGAUAACGUCCACAUGGACAUGAAGACCAUCUUCAGAGCUUUCGGGCCGGAUUUCAAGAAGAAUCACCUGGCUGAGCCUUUUGACAGCAUCCACAUCUAUCCACUCAUGUGUAAGCUCCUGGGGGUUACUCCCGAACCCCACAACGGCUCCCUGGCAGUCACCCAGGAAAUGCUUGUGGACUCUUAUGACCAGCAGCAAGGAGCUGAGAUGCAGAGGGCUGCUCUCCAAAAAACAGCGCUGGGUCUCGGGAUUGUCACGGGCAUUCUUGCAGUUCUGUUUGUCACUAUCGUGACAUACACAGCUAUUCAUCGGAAAAAGAUGGAGAGAGCUGAGCAAAACAGCAACACUGAACUGACUCGCCGGACCCAGUUCUGAAGCAUCAUUCCUUUAGGACCAAGACACAAACUAUAGUUAAGACUCAUUGUAUCACAGGUGAUUCUGUCUUAACACACUGUGACUAAGAGGAUUUAUGCGACAUCUCGGGCCCAGAAACCAUUAAUUCCGUGUAAAAACACAGCAAUAACCACAGAACACUUUAUUGAAAUAAACAGUGUUCCGGGAAUAAAAGAUGAACAGUUUUUGUGUCAGAGCCUUUGCUCACUUGGUUGUAGAA